AAAACUUCUAAUGAUUUGUUUAAUAAUGUAUGGAAUAAUAUUUAUAUUAGAAAAGAAAUAAUUCAUCAAAUGAAUAUAUACAAAGAUCACUAUAGAGCAUUUGUAAACUCGAGUGAAGAGUUAAGAAAUUUACCAUUUAAAGAAUAUGUUACAGUGUUAGAGUAUAAUUCAAAUGAACAGUUAGUAAAAGGGGAUAUACCAGAUGGGAACUAUCUCACAACACUCACAUUCGGUCAUAAUUUUAACCAAGUAAUUCCACCCGGCACAUUACCAAAUAGUCUCACAACACUCACAUUCGGUCGUGAUUUUAACCAAGUAGUUCCAUCUGAAACAUUACCAAAUAGUCUCACAACACUCAAAUUCGGUAGUCGUUAUAAGCAUGUAGUUCGACCCGGCACAUUACCAAAUAGUCUCACAACACUCAAAUUCGGUCAUUAUUUUAACCAAGUAAUUCUACCCGGCACAUUACCAAAUAGUCUCACAAAACUCACAUUAGGUUAUUAUUUUGAUCGAGCAAUUCUACCUAGGACAUUACCAAAUAGUCUCACAACACUCACAUUCGGUGAUUGGUUUAACCAAGUAAUUCGACGCGGCACAUUACCAAAUAGUCUCACAACACUCACAUUCAGUAAUUAUUUUAACCAAGUAAUUCGACCCGGCAGAUUACCAAAUAGUCUCAUAACACUCACAUUCGGUGAUGGUUUUAAUCGAGCAAUUCUACCCGGCACAUUACCAAAUAGUCUCACAACACUCACAUUCGGUUAUUGUUUUAACCAAGUAAUUCUACCCGGCACAUUACCAAAUAGUCUCACAACACUCACAUUCGAUUAUUAUUUUAACCAAGUAAUUCUACCCGGCACAUUACCAAAUGGUCUCACAACACUCACAUUCGGUCAUAAUUUUAACCAAGUAGUUCUACCCGGCACAUUACCAAAUAGUCUCACAACACUCACAUUCGGUGAUUGGUUUAACCAA